AUGGCGAAGCGCGGCUCUUCGUUUUCCAAAACUCUGGUCUUGCCUCCGCCUGCACUCAACAUUCAAGCUUCCAUCCCUAUCGACCUCUACGUCGCCAAGAUAAAGGAAGAAAUCGUGAACUACUUCGUCAACGAAGACGAUGUCGUCAUUGGCAACAUUCGCCCAGAUCCGACGAUAGUGAAGGCGCUCGAUUUCGCGCUCGAUGCCCUUCCUGCAGUGAGGCAUUUCGAGAUGGCCAUCAAUCGGGACGCAAUGGAAGUACUUUGCAAGGCAGCCACGUCAUCGACAUUCGAACGCCUGGAAUCCCUCGUUGUUGAGCAGUACUUCCACAUCGGUAUCAGAGUAAAAGAAAAAUUCCUUUUUGCCUUCCCGCCCGCUCCUCGCCUCCGUCGUGUUGCGCUCGAUAGGUACAAUUGUACGCCGUCGUUCUUCUGGAGCCAGCUCACCCAUCUGUGUGUCUCCUCCGAGAUAACCGAGGAUGAUUGGCUUGAAGUCCUGAAGAACUGCGCGAACCUAGUGUGCGGAGCUUUCAAAAUUGGGCCAGAUGAUGAGCCGGCGAAAUCGGAGCGACUUAUUCACACAAACCUUUGUCAGCUUAUCCUCGCUCCAAUCUGUUUCCGUUCAGUGGUCUCCUUCCCUGCUCUCAAAGCCCUCCGACUCCUCAGAAACGAAACCGAUCACACCCUCAUGGCGCUCACUGAGCUUCUGAUGGCGACCCCAGUGCUUCGCGAACUUCAUUUCGAUUCAGAAAUUUUCAACCCAGCCAUUUUCUCGUUCGAUUCGGCGAUUGAAACGACGGAUGGGUUGCGUGAAAUACUUCCAGAUCUCGACCAUCUUGUUUUCGAUGCGACAAGGUGCAGUACGGACUCAGGCGGAGACACAGUAGUGCGCCUCCUCAGGUCUGGAUGGAUGGAAUUGGCUCCUCACAGUGGCGCAAGAGGUCAUCUACUAAUCAUUUUUGAUCCCGAAUACCAGUCAAUGAAUUCUCCCAUUACGCCUGAAGAAUUCGACGUCAUCAGAAAAAGUGAAGUUGCGCGAGCGCUCGAAGAAUUCCAGUCAGGACAGGAACGAUCCUAUGACGUACAGCUCUGUUAUCCUUCUGUGGGCGGCCGAAGGCGAGAUUGUCAACCAAACCUUGAAAACUUGCCCAACUGGGAUGAAUUCAUGGGUUUCCAUGACAAAGUGUCGCUACCUAUGCAAUAG